AAGUUUAAAAACAUUGGCGGAUGGUAUCAUGAUUCCUCUAGAAAGUACAACAGCUAUUUUGCCCAGGAUGCCAACAGGACGGACAAUAUCUGGCGAUUUCCCCUUGACAAUCAUCAAACCUCCAAUUGUUGAUGUCAGAUGUGGAGCAAGUCCAUCGGCGAUUUCCAGUCCUAUCAUCCGUCUUUUGCGAAGUAGAAAUCAAAGAAGGAAUAGCUCAGCAUCGUCUGUACGUAGUAACUGCAGUAGAAGGACCGAAUGCAAGGAGUUCUUGCCGGAGAGAGUUGAGGUUGUUGAAGUAGAAAAUGGUGCACCGCAAAAUAUGCAAAUCAAGUCAGUAUUCCGCGCGCAUAAACAAAGUUGUUGCACUUCGCCUGAUAAUAUUUGCAACUGUCACGCGAUUUCUUCCAGGCGAGGUAGUUUAAUUUCAUCUGCUACAGAACGCCGUAUAAACUCACAGGACGAACCAUUUGGUGAUAGUAAAAUCAAUCAGGAUGAAAAAGAACUACUGCCAUUAAGAACAGCAGCUGUAAAAAUCAAAGAAAAUGAAGACAAUCAUGAAAAGCAAAUCAAAGACAAUGAAAACUUUCAACUGAUAGAAAGGAAACUAAAUAACAGUGAUCCUGUGGUAGAUGAGAAAAACAAUGAUACUUGUGACUUUGCUGUAGUGGAGAAUAUUAAACAAGAUGCUAAUGCUGUUGAGAUGAAAAUCAAACAGAAUGAGGAGAGCGUAUGUGAAAAGACAAACAAAAGAAGUAGAAAAAAGUGGAGCAAAUCAAAAUCACCCAGGAAAAGAAAGAACUCAUUAAAAAAAGGUUCAGGAGGGUUUGGAUUAUUUACCAGACUUGCCAACCCAAAUAAACAAAAGAAGCACCCAGGUCUUCAAUUAAAUUCCAGAGAAGAAAUAACGAGGACAAAUUCUCACCAAUCAAAAGACAAUUCCGCAAAAUACUUGAGCAUACAAAAACUUCAUGCAACUUAUGCACCAAAGAAAGGCAACAAGAGUAAUUCUAGUGAAAAGAACACUGGUGACAGAAUCCUUUUGCCUAAAGUACCCAACACCAAUUUACCUAAUACAUCAAGUUCAAGCACGCUUUCUCCAAGGAAACAACAACAAGAAAUGGAAAAUACCUCUUUAUUUUCUCCUUUGUCAUCACCACGGAAAUUAUGGAACUCUGAAGAUAAUAGAGUGAAGAAGAUCUACUUAUCUGAAGCACACUCUGGAAUGAUAACAGGAGUACCAUGUGCUCCACCAUGCACACCUUCAGCUGAUGAAUUAAAGAAAGUGGAAUAUAUUCCUUCACUGUCAGAUGUAAAGAGUCAAAGAGUAGUUAAAACAAGACUGAUAACAAUAGGAAAUAAACUGAGAGCUGAAGAACAAAAAAGGAAAGAGAAGGCAGCUAAAGAAGAGCAGAAAAGAACUUAUGGUGCAAUUUUACAACUUAAACAAAGGCAGAGAGCUGAGAUUUAUGCCUUAAAUAAGGUGAUGACUGAACUAGAGAAUGAGAACUUCAGAAAAUUCAUGGAAGAACAUUCAGCAGAUACACUUCCUGUGUGAUGAUAAUAACAUAAACUAGACUCUCUCAAAUCAUGAGCCAACCUGCUCUCUACGUUAACUAACAAAAGAUAUUCUCACUUCAAGUUAUUAGUUUAAGUAAUGAAAAUUUUUAUGGUCAAUGUGGAUGGAAGAAAUAGAUAUGGCUAAACAUAAAAGCCUAAACUCCACAAUUUUUUACUUUGCAAAGAUAAAUACUGAAAAACAAUUAUAGAUAAUAAUGCUGUCUAUCAGACAAAGGAAAUACACAUUUUAGUAGCUCAAUAUUUAUUUUUUGGUUGAUAUUAUUUGAUGAUAUUGAUGAGACUGUUUUGUAAGUUUUCCCUUUUUUUUUUAUUUAAUUAAGAUGUUACUAUUUACUACACUAUAACAAUAACCACGAUGAUAUUUUUCUAGGUAGUUGAAAAAAAGAUACUACUUCAACAGAGAUGAUUGUCACAAUAGUAGUUAAUUUUACAAUUUUCAUGGGAUAACAAUGCCUUUCAUUAUUUUUUAAUGAAAAUGUGUGCAAAUAUACCUAUUAUGUAAACAUCUGUGUUAACCCUUUAAUUCCCAAGAUCUCA